GACUCUUGUGCAGGAGGCAGGAUAUGGUUUUAGUCGCCUGCUUGGAGAUUAUUGGGGACGUAGUUGCCUUCAGUUUGUAUCUAAACCCUAGAACGUUUCCAUGACUAAAUAUGUCUGCAAAUUGCGUUUCGCAUGCGCAGUGAGGUCUAUGGGCAACUAAAUGAUGAUUGGACGAGUGUUGUUUGAUGGCAGCCAAUGGGUGAACGAGACGGUAACAGGAAGCGAGUCGUCUGCUGCAGAGGACGCUGAUGGCGGAGUGUAGUCCCUGGGUUCUGGUGAAUAUUUGGGGGACAUGAGCGCCGCUCCGCGCUGGAAUCCAGCUCUUCAUCUUGGCGCUGAAACCCCCUUAAAAUCGGUUUAAAUGAGAAUGUCCCUGGCGCAGAGAGUGCUGCUGACAUGGCUCUUCAGUUUACUUUUCCUGAUCAUGCUGGUGCUGAAGCUGGAUGAGAAGGCCCCAUGGAGCUGGUUCAUCAUCUUCAUCCCCAUUUGGAUAUUUGACACCAUUUUAAUUGUUAUGUUAAUUGUAAAAAUGGCAGGCCGGUGUAAAUCUGGAUAUGACCUCAGGAAUGGGGCGCAAAACAUGAAGAAAAAGUCUUGGUACCUUACAGCCAUGCUCCUGAAACUGGCGUUUUGUCUUGCCCUGUGUGCCCGGCUGGAACAGUUCACCAGCAUGCUGCUAUGUCUGGUCUUGAUUCCAUUGUGGAUCCUGCUCAUCGGAGGACUGAUUGAACUUGGAUACAACGUGUUCUACGUGAGACAUGACUAGCUGCUGAAAGAAGGACUUCAUGUCAAGGGAGCAGCAGGUUAGAAAAUGGCCAUCCCCAUGUACAGUCUGUAAAUAAAGGAUACUUAAUAAUGCA